AUGGCAGAAAGCAAUGGUCCUACCCUUGCCAUCUCCCUUUGGACUUUGACGGUGAUUCCACUGUUGUUCAUGAUCCUCCGAAUAUACAGCAAAACCCAACAUUCUAAAGCAUUCGGUCUUGACGAUGGAUUACUGGCUCUAUCUUGGAUUUUCAUUUUUGCCUAUACUACGACACUACAAAUAUCGAUGCAUUACGGUCUCGGCGACCGACUUGAAAACAUCGAGCCAGAAAUCCUGCCCACCACCAUCCAAUACAUGUAUAUCGGCGAGUUCUUCGGAUUUUUCGCUAUGCCACUCGGGAAAACGUCAUUCUGCGUAACUUUGUUGCGCUUGACCACAGUGAGAUGGCAAAGAUGGAUUCUGUGGUUCAUCAUGAUAUCCUUCAAUACGACGAUGUCCUUGCUAGCGGUUCUAACAUGGGUUCAGUGCAGACCGGUUCAAAAGCUUUGGGAUUCGUCAGUCGAGGGCGAGUGUUGGCCUUAUAAGCUGUACAUGGUAACUGGGUUGACUAUUGGAGCAUAUUCGGCUCUGGCUGACUUCGCGCUUGCCAUCUGCCCAUGGCUCAUCAUUCGCAAAGUGCGAAUGCGACAAAGGGAAAAGUGGGGCCUCAUAAUCGCGAUGAGCAUGGGCUGUUUAGCUGGAGUUUGUUGUGUAGUCAAGACUGCUUACAUUCCAGGUGCUGCGACUUGGGUAGAUUUUACCUACAGUACUGCAGACAUGCUCAUUUGGGCUCUCGCCGAAUCCUCUAUCACAAUCAUCGCCGCUUCUUUACCCUUCUUGCGUUUGAUCCUGAAGGACAUGUCAUCAUACAGCGGGAGCCAAAGUCUGAAACUUUCUAUACGAUUACCAAGCCAAGGCGAUAACGCCACGGGCAUCAGAUCGCAACAGAAGCCUCACAAAAGCCAUGCAGUACAUCCUGAAGACGUGAGAGACGACGAAGCUAGUGAUAGAAGCAUACUUGCGGAGACAAGGGGAGAGUUUGGAAAAAUAAUGCGGUCUCGAGAAGUACGAAUCGAGUACAAUGACGAAGAGGAUCAUCACAGGUGUGCUGGUCGUACAGCCACGGAUAUGUGGACCGCUUGA